AUGAGUGCAUUUCAUUUUUUUCCUCGUGAUUAUCAAACAUAUAAUCAUGUUAUUGAACAUUCAAAUGACAAUAGCACUUGUCCAUCUAAGCCUGAAACUGCGCCACUUCAUUGGUGGAAUGUUGCUUUAGCAUCGAUUUUUAUUUUCUUUAAUGGCGGACUUUCACUAUUAUUUGGUCUCCGAUUAGAAAGUUCAUUAUUUAUCAGUUCCAUACGAUGUAUAAUUCAAUUAACAAUUAUGGGAUUAGUACUAGAGGAUGUUUUUGCAUCACAAAAUCCGAUAUUUAUUAUGGGCCUAGUGGGUCUAUUAAUAUUCCUUGGUGCUAAUGAAAUAUUCUUCAAUAAAAGUAAGCGACGGCAUGCUGGAAUGUUUUUAUCGUCGUUACUUUCGUUGGGUUUAAGCACAUUAAUUAUAGGAAUCAUAGGCACGAGAUUUGCAAUGAGCCAGGAUCCAUUCUGGUCACCCCAGCAAUUCAUUCCUACGAUGGGAAUGUUGCUUGGAAAUUGCAUGUCGGGAAUUGCGGUCGGAGUUUCUUAUUGUCUUUCUCAAUUAAGUGAACAAAAGGAAAGAAUCGAAACGUUUCUUUCAUAUGGUGCAAGUCGAUGGGAAGCUGGUCGUCCAAUAGCUAUUGAAGCCAUCCGACUAGCCAUGUUACCAACAAUCAAUAAUAUGGGUGUUGUCGGUUUAAUCUCGAUACCUGGUAUGAUGACUGGUCAAAUUAUCGGAGGCCAACCGAUAAUGGACGCUGUCAAAUACCAGCAAAUCAUAAUGUUUAUGAUAUCAGCAUCGACUUCAUUAGGCGUUCUUUCGGCAGUAAUUAUUUGCAUAUUAACAGUGUUAGACAGUUCGCAUCGACUACGCCAAGAUCUAAUCACCGACAAGCAACCAUGGAACUGGGCAUUUUUCACAACUCUGCAAACCGAAUUCGUACAUAUCACUGGAAACAUUUUUACGACGAUUCGCGAUGCGUUUUGCUGUUUUGCAAAAUCGUCGACCAAGGACGCUUGA